AUGUCUCAGCCAGAGACCAAUGAAGGAAUCCUGCCAUUCUCUGAUCCUGUUUAUGUCAAAGCAGCUGUUCUUGAUCCAGCCUUUGGGGUUAUGUGGAUAGAGCACGAUGUAUUGGUUGAUGACAAGCUGAAGGAGCAGUUGAUCAUUGAAGUAAAAAAUCUGAUUCUCCAGGAGGCAGAGCAGCAUACCAAUUUGGAACAGACAGGUUAUGGAGAUGAAGAAGAGCAAACCAAAGGUGAUGAAACUGGGCUGUUCUUAUACCACAAAAAGCAGAAGAAAUCCACUCAUUUCAGCCCUGCUGCCCAGCUCAACCAUUACCUGGACAAUUGUGAUGGCCAGAACUGCCUUUUGUUUUGGGGAAUGAACAAGGAGAAAAUGCCUUCACUGUUUCAAAUGGCAAUGAGGGUAUUAGCUGUGCCUGCUUCAAGCGCACCUGUCGAGCGUGUGUUCAGUCAUGGGGGGAUUAUUAUGCGGCCCCAUCGUUCACAGCUUAGUGCCACUGUCUUGGCAAACCUUAUUUUCUGUAAAUGCAACACAUUUUAG